AUGGGACAAUACAAGAAGGAAAAGCAGAGAGUCACCAGAGACAAGGCUGGUGGUGACGAUCGUGCCAAGAACAUGAGAGUAAAGGGAGAGAACUUUUACAGAGAUGCCAAAAAGAUCAAAUACAUCAAUAUGCUGAAGGGUGGAAAAGCCAUCCGAGAUUCUCAAGGCAGGAUCGUUCAAGCUGCCGAAUACCAAAGUUCAGAAGCAAAAGUGGCUAGAGUUGCACCUAAUAGAAAAUGGUUUGGUAACACUCGAGUCAUUGGUCAAAAGGCCCUAGAGCAGUUUAGAGAAAACCUUGGUGCCAAAGUUAGUGAUCCUUAUCAGGUGCUGUUAAAACAAAACAAGCUGCCCAUGUCACUUUUGCAAGACGCUACAAAGCACACACGCAUGCAUAUCCUCGACACAGACCCAUUUUCCAAUACAUUUGGCAAAAAGGCACAAAGAAAGAAGCCUAAGAUUGAGAUUGGAUCUAUGGAAGAGUUGAUGUCUAGAGUAGAUGACACACAUGAAAACUAUAAGUCUGACAAGGAUUCAAGUCUUUUAGCCAACAAAGAAUCUGAUUAUACCGACGCUAGUCGUGCUUGGUAUCUUCAAGCAGGUCAAUCCAAGCGUAUCUGGAACGAAUUGUACAAAGUCAUCGACUCUUCAGAUGUCAUCAUUCACGUCCUUGACGCUCGUGAUCCUAUCGGCACACGUUGUAGAAAUGUAGAAAACUUUAUUAGAAAAGAAAAGCCUCACAAGCAACUCAUCUUUGUUCUCAACAAAUGUGAUCUUGUGCCUACUUGGGUAACAGCUCGUUGGGUAUCCCAUCUCUCUCAGUCUGCACCCACACUUGCCUUCCACGCAUCUAUCAACAACUCGUUCGGUAAAGGUUCACUUAUUCAGCUCUUGCGUCAGUUCGCUACCCUUCACAGUGACAGAAAGCAGAUCUCUGUUGGUUUUAUUGGGUACCCUAACACAGGUAAAUCAUCCAUCAUCAACACAUUAAAAUCCAAAAAAGUCUGUUCUGUGGCUCCUAUUCCAGGAGAAACUAAAGUGUGGCAAUAUAUCACAUUGAUGAAGCGUAUCUACCUCAUUGACUGCCCCGGUGUGGUGCCUCCCAACUCAGAUGAUACAGAAGUUGACAUCAUUCUUAAGGGCUCAGUUCGUGCAGAAAAGAUGGCUUCUCCUGAAGAUACCAUUCCUACCAUCUUGGAACGUGUGAGACCUGAAUACCUAAAGAGAACUUAUGGCCUUCAAGGAUGGGAAGACUCUACAGAUUUCCUCGAACAGAUCGCUCGUAAGACGGGUAAAUUGCUGAAAAAGGGUGAGCCUGAUAUUCAUAAUGUGUCCAUCAUGGUGCUCCAUGACUGGCUUCGUGGUCGUAUUCCCUUUUAUACUCCACCUCCUGAAUCCAUUGAGCCUUUAACUGAAGAACAAGAAGAAGAAAAGAAGAAACGCAAGUUAGGCGUGGAGCAAAUCUUUGGAAAGAUCAAUGUGACUGCAGAGUACAUGGAAGACGAUUUGGCUAAUAAUGCUCAAUUAAUUGAAGAAGAACGCGCUAAAGAAAAUGCAAAGAAGGAAGAGGAAGCUGCCAAUAAGAAAUCAACAAAAUCUGCAGCCAAGCAAACAACAGAUUGGGAUGAAGUAUUUGAAGAUGUUGUUGGUGAACAAGGUCCUGUCGUUAAGGCUCCUGUGAUUGAAGGAGAAGAAGAUGAAGAAGAACAGGGAGUUGACAGUGAACUUGAAUUGAGUGAAGAUGAAGGCGGUAAUAAUGAAGAAGAAGAAGAAGAGGAAGAAGAAGAAGAAGAACAACCAGCAAAGAAGGCCAAAACUAAUAACAAUGAAACUGAAGUUCCAAAGAAAGGAAAAGUUGGUGUCCAUUACUAUGAAACAGCCAACGUUAAGAAUAAGAAUAGAAAUAAGGUCAAGCCUGAUGAUGAAAAAAAGAAAGUCCUCCAUUCUCGUCUCAAAGGCUCUGCAGUUGCUGGCAAACGCAAGAGAAAUUAA